AUGGCUGGCAAUGUGGACCAAAAUGCGAUUCCGGGGACCUUUACUCUGGUGGAUUUGGAACAUGUCAUAGCCAGUCGCCAUCUCGAUCGGGGCGAUAGUGACAUUGUCCUUGUCCCUCAACCCUCGGACGAUCCCGAUGAUCCUCUGAAUUGGUCCCCGAGGCGAAAGCUGCUGUCCACCAUCUGUAUUAGUGUAUACACCCUGUUCAUGGGAAUCGCAUGUUCCGUGGUCUACUCGGUGCUGGUUCCCCUGUCCGAGGCUACAGGCGUCAGUGUGAAUAUCCUAAACGAAGGGACGGGUUAUCUGUUCUUGUUGGCGGGAUGGGGUCUCCUAUUCUGGCAACCAUUUGCUUUGCAGUAUGGCAAACGGUUGACGUAUAUCUUCUCAAUGAUCGGGGCUGCGUGUGCGUUGAUAUGGGGCCCUUAUAUAACCAACAACGGUCAAUGGAUUGGCCGCAGUAUCCUCGCUGGGUUCUUUACGGCUCCGGUCGAAGCUCUUCCUGAAGUAACCGUCACGGAUGUGUACUUUACCCACGAACGAGGGACCUAUAUGGGCCUGUAUGCUUUCUUUCUAGCCGGUAGUAACUAUUUUGCGCCAGUGAUCUGUGGCUUUAUUGCCGAAUACCAUGGCUGGCAAUGGGUGUUCUACUGGCCGGCGAUCUUCUGCGCCUGUGCCGCCGUCUUUCUAUUCUUUUUCAUGGAGGAGACAAACUAUUCCCGCGAGACAGCCCAUUCUACGACCCCCGAUACUCCCGUUGAGGCAUCAGCUGCCACUUAUAAGCACGGGGAUCCGGAAAAGUCCCUGUCUGCUGAUAAUGUACCGCGCGAUGAGACGGCCUGCGCUGUGGUCUACUCCAAAAAGACCUACAUCCAAAAGCUGUCUCUCUGGGGGCCUCGACAGGCUCGAAACAACAUGUUGCGUCGACUCUACCAUGCACUGUAUUAUCUAUCGUGGCCCGUAGUCUUCUACGCCGGAUUCUCGUACGGAUCGUAUCUGGUAUGGUUCAAUGUGCUGAACGGCACUGCCUCGAUAAUUCUAAGCUCUGCACCUUACAACUUCGGUUCCGCCAUGGUCGGCCUCAGCUACGUUGCAUGCUGCAUCGGGGUAGCCCUCGGGUGUGUGAUCCAAAGCAUCCAUGGACAAAAUUCACAGUGUUUUGAUACAUACAUUCGUACAACUUGCUUACAAGCCAUCGAUUCAUCCAGGUCAAUAUUCACCGGCCGAUUCAGCGACUGGCUGACUAUUCGUCUUGCGCGACGCAACAACGGGGUCAUGGAAGCGGAGCAGCGUCUCUGGCCCUUCACUGUCUGCCUGAUCGCGGUACCUGGGUCUCUCAUCCUCUGGGGUGUAGGCGCUGCACAUCACAUUCACUGGUUUGGACUACUCUUCGCCAUGUGUGUCCUCGCCAUGGCGAACACCUGCGGCAUUACACUCAGCGUCAACUAUCUAGUAGACAGCUACAGGGAAUUAAGCGGAGAGGCCAUGUCUAGCAUCAUCCUAGUGCGAAACACCAUGUCAUUUGCCAUUGGUUAUGGAAUCACCCCUUGGAUCAAGGAUCUCAGAUACCAGAAUUGUUUCAUUUCCGCUGCUUUCAUCGGGAUGACGUGCUCGGCUGUCUUCCUGGUGAUGAUCCGAUGGGGGAAGAUGUUUCGGACUCGAAGUCGAGAGAAGUACUGGAGGCUUGUGUUGGAGAAUUUGGAGAAGGGGAUGAGUCAUUGA